CCGCCGCCAUCUUGGGGGCCGGGUCCCGGCGCUGCGGGCGGGGCCACGCGCGGCGCGUGACGUCACGGCGGGGCUCCCCCCGGCCCGCCGCUCAGCGGCGCGCGGGCUGGUGACGUCACAGCCCGGCGACACCAUGCUCAAGGUACUUCGGCUGGGGGCCACCCCUGUAAGCCUGAGCUUGCUCUCUAUCCAAGUUUAUGCUUCCUCUUCAGAGAAAGAAACUGCCAAAAAAGAGUUGCUGAAAAUUGAUGAGCUGUCACUCUACUCCUCUCCAGCUCGUGAGACUAAAUAUGUGGAGAAUCCACAAACCCAAUUGGAAGAGGGGGUUUCACAUUUACGGCAUGCUAUGGAGCCAUACACAGCCUGGUGUCAGGAUCUUUAUGCCAAAGCUAAGCCCCAAUUAGAAAAAGCUGUUGAGCGUGGUAGAGAGGGCUUUGAAUUUCUGCAAAAUCCCCCUGAUGGAUUUUAUCCAAGGCUUGGUGUGAUAGGUUUUGCUGGAAUUCUUGGAUUAUUUCUUGCUAGAGGCUCAAAAAUAAAGAAGUUGGUGUAUCCUGCAGGCUUCAUGGGUAUUGGUGCUUCCAUGUAUUAUCCUCAGCAAGCGGUUGCUGUUGCAAAGGUUGCUGGUACACAGCUGUAUGACUGGAGUCUUCAGGGAUAUAUUGCCGUAGAAUCUCUUUGGAAGGAUAAUGCUAAGAAGAAGAAAUCUGGGAAAAAAGAUGAUAAGGGUGAUGCAGAGGGUGACAAGCCCCAGGACAUCCAUGCUGCUUCAAAUGAAGAGCGAGCCCUGAAGUAGAACACCAAAUCACUUGCUAUCGAACAGGUGAACAAAAAUACAGAUGCAAGCAACAAUUUCCCAAGAAAAAGAGGAAAACCAUCCGAAUCCAUUUUGAUUUUGAAUGUGACUAAUCUGCCUUCCCUCUCAGGAAAGAUUGAGAGUGUGCUGCUUGGGCUUCUGGGAUGGAAUCCGUGAAAGGACAUUACGUUUGGGUCAGUCUCGAUACCCAAAUCCUCAGUUCUGCAGUGGGACUCAAGUUUGCCAUGCUUGUCCCAUUGCAGGAGCGGCAUUGCAAGUAGCAAGUCUCAAAAUUCUUCGGUCUUGUUAUUAUUUAUAUGUAAAAUAAAAAUCCAGUUGCAUAAAA